UUGAGGAGAAAGUAGCGUGUGUGUGGGCACUGCUGCCUGUGUGUCUCCCUUCCAAUCGAUCAUCCGUUUAAAGCCGCUUGUUCGUACCAUUGUUCAUCGCUUCUCGUUCGUGAGAGAGUUGCAGCAGGACAGUGAGACGACUGUGAGACUGCAAGAACGAACGUUCCCUGCCCACCAACAACCCUCUGACUAACUCUGACUCCCAAAAGCAGAGGAGCAAAAAGCAGAAGCAGCAGCAAACAAACUCACUCCCAAGAUUUGCCCAAGAAGGAGUCAAACCUAUUUUGCUGAGCAGUAGUGGUGGCUGGUGGAAGGAGGCACGGAGGAAUAAAUUCCCAUAUAUAUGCUCCACCGUUCCCACCACGAAGGCCAGUAUCCAUCCGGGCAACUUCCCGUAGCUUUCUCGUACUCGCUCUCCUCCAAUUAACCCGUCGAAUUGUUCUUCUUCUCCCUUUUGCACAACUAACCCCAACUGCUCGCUCAUCCGUCGGUCCACUUUCACUUUACUCUCAUGCCUUCCUGACUUUAUUACUUGGCUUUCCUCCUCCUCCUCAAGGCCCAGACACACACCAACAACCUCCAACUUUUAUUCGCGUCUUACUGCCUCCCAGCCAUCCGCCCUCGCCAACUAAUAAAGCGCACAGUUGCUAAAAGCCCCAGUUCUUCAUCAGCGUCGUCCUCAUCAUCAUCACCAUCUCAUUUCCCAAAAAAAACAGACGUGUCGUCAAGAAAAAGGUCAAUAAAACUACUUGUAAAACCACACCCACACACGCUUCACAUACUUAUUCAACCACCACGAGUACCUUGAAAAUGCUUCGCACAGAGUGUCCCCGUCAGCCUAACCGAGCCGCCUAAGUUUGGCCGGAGAAUGAGGUCUAAACAUGCACAUAGUUAAAAUCGUGGUGCUCGGGAGUGCUGGAGUAGGCAAAACAGCGAUAAUUGAACAAUUCACAACCAACACUUUUCGAGCAGAAUACUGUACAACGGUGCGGCCUGUCGUCAAAACGAGAACCGUUAUGCUAAAUAGUGCAUCUGGUUUCAAUCGAGUGUACCAAUUGAAAAUAGUUGACCUGCCCCCGGUGAGCUCCUUUCCGCAAAAUUCCUUGGAGGAGUGGAGUGGUGGCGUUUCUCUGAGAACCGCCUCCGCCUACCUACUCGUCUACGAUGCCUCCAACCUCGAUACCUUCCACCAACUCAAACUUCUCAAGGAACAAAUCUACGACUCGAGGGACAUGAACAAAGUUCCCGUGCUGAUCGUCGCCAACAAGUAUGACGCCCUCAACCCCACGGCCGCCACGAGCACGCAGGAGAGUCGCGAACGUCGCGAUAUUUGCUCAAUUGUGCGAAAACAGUGGAAGUUGGCUCACUUGGAAUGUUCUGCCAAGUAUAAUUGGAGGAUAAUCUCCCUCUUCAAGGAGAUCACGAGACUUUGCGAGAUUCUGGAACUGGCGCAUGCAAAGGACAACCUGCACACAUCCCACUUGGAAGGUUUUCAUCCCCUCAAUGGCGAAAAGUGUGCCAUUAGUUGACCACUACGCGAAGCUAAACAGCAAAACUCCAUCAUCCUGCGAGUUUUACACUGUGAGUUGAACAACGACGAUGACGACGACGAUUCAAGUAACACUUGACUUUCACCUCUUCACGUGAAUAAUUCAGAGGGAGGGAAAGUCCUAAUGGGGUGAAAACGUUCCCUCGCAUAAUCGCAUAACUUGAGCAUUCAUGAUUUACUACUAUCUCAUGCAUACAGCCUCAUCUUCUUGUUGUGGUUACAAAAUCUUUAUAAUUUUGAUUCCCUCCUCCGCUCUUUUGUGGGUUGGUGGAUUGGAUCCACAAGACUUAUCAGAAGUAGCACGGUCACCACACCACGUGCUUUGGCAUCAAUCAGGUAUCAAAAACAAACAAACAAACAACAUCCCCUCGGCCGUGGUAAAUAUUGGACGUGGUUCCAUCCAAGUAGUUACGAGUUAUUGUAUGGAUUACAAUCCCAACAGUCUUUUCUUUCUCUCUCUUUCUCUCAAUAAGACGAAGACGACGACGACAAUUCUCUCAGGUUUGGUUUGGGCACGUAAAACGGCAAUAGGAGUCACAUAACAUAACAGCCUGCAGGGUGCACGGUGGUAAGACAGACAUGUUAAUAGCAUAAUAGACGUAACAUAACAAAGCCCCAGUUUACAAGGAGGAGGAACCAAAUAAAACCAAAUAAAACCAGGAGAAAGAGAGAGAAAGAAAGGAAAAGGCACAUCUCACCUCCAAAGAAGAAGAAGAAGACGAAUCCAAGUAUAUAGAACUCUUACCCAGGCAGCAGGCAACAUAUCAGCAGGCAUCCCACAAAACCAGCCAUAGCAUUUCACUCAGCCACACAAUUACCGUAAAACCUUUUCCGGUGACUCUGGGCAAAUGGCUGUUUUGCACGAAACCUGCAGAGAAGUCAAAACCAGUUAUAUGUUAGAAAAAGAUAGAAAAAACCGAGUCCACGUCUCAAUCGGUGCUUGGAUUGAGAAAAUAAAAUAAAAUUGUUCAGCCUUCUUCUUCCUCCCCGUUGGGGGGAGGCUGGAAAUGGUUAUCAAUCAGGCAGAGUCGAAUAAACGCGACCAGACAGCAUAACAAGAAGAAGAAGAGCGAGCAAAAUGCAUACAUUUUAUUUAUGUACGGGGACCUGCUGCUGCUUGCUACACGUGAAUAUAUUUUUAACGGUAAAAUGCAGACAUAUUGGGUUCAAAGAAACAUUUUUUUUAAAGAGAUGAGAUUUUUUCUGUGGUUUUGAUGAUGAGCAAAUUAGACCGAAUUUAUGUAUGGGGCAACGCGCACAUGAUUUUUGUACCCGACUGCUCGAGUACUUGUGAAAGAUGAAAAGAUGGCAAGAGAGUUUUGGCGAAAGCGGAGAAAAGGGUUCCAUUAUUGCGUUCAGAUGAAAGCAACUUUUCAGACUAAAACCUGGCAAUCAAAUACAUUUCUAAAGAAACAAAGCAUUAUUCUACUACGAGCGCGUGGUGGCGUGGCUAAUUGGCCACUGCUGGUGCUUGUUAAGUGUAAAAGUCAUUGGAGACGGGGAAGCAAAUUAUUUUUAUUUACAUAGAGAAAGCACUUUAAACACAGGCAUUUACUUGGGAUUAGUUUACUUACACGAUGCACGGGUUUUUGCUUAUGUAAAUUAUUAGCAGCGCAUUUUGUCACCAAAACACCACGCGUAUACUUAAUAUUCAAAUCCAUUACUUUUAACGUGACAAUAAUUCAGAGGAAAAAUAAACAACACGUGUGCUAAAUUGCAAACCGUGCAGAUUACAGUAAAUGCAGAUUACAGAUUACAGGAAUGAGAGGAUGCAUAUUAAAUAUUCAUACAUAAGUGAUGUUACUGGGUAGACUAAUUUACCUACCUUGUUAAUUUCUUUAGGAAUUAGGAACCACACUAAAUUAUGACACGAGCACUGUGUAUAAAAAAUUAAUAAUAUUCUAAGUAUGUCAGAUUUAAAAAAUGCACAGGAAAUUGCAUAUUAUACCCUUAAUGAGAGUCAUAUAUAAAAAUAAAUAUAUAUCAAAAAAGUAAUUGUUCACUAAUUUUAAACGCCGAAAAAGUGCAUUUUAAUCAUGUGAAUAUUUAAUUCUGGUUGUAGAACAGAAAAAAAAUGAGCAGAAAAAAUAUACUAUGUUUUAUCAAUAUUUUCAAUUAUGUAAGUUACAAUUUAUUGGCUACAAAAAAAAUAUAUGCCAUGAAUUCGUUAGUUAUAGAGGCUCAAAUUUUAGUGUAAAAAGUUGAUGAUAUGUGAUACAUCUCACACAUAUAAACUCAUGUGAACCCUUCAUAUAGUUAUAUAGAUAUUACUAAUAUAGAUAAAUAUAUUGCUGUAAAUACAGCAAAAAAUGCAUUCAAGAUGAACCACAAGUGUUAAUUAAUGCACGUAUAUAAACCUUACAUGUAUAAUAAUUAGUUACAUAAAUCUUCAAAAAAUUGACUAUACAUCACCCACAUAUACAAUCGUUCAAUGCAAUCACUACAAGAAUCAGGUAUGUGUACGAUAGAUACGCAUCCCCUAAAAAAUAGGCAAUCAAUAGUUAAAUAGUAAAUAUAGUUUAUAGACAAGUGUUACAGAUUAUUUAUGUAAAAUAUAUGAUGAUAUCUAUGAUCUUCAAUCUUCAAUCUAUGAUCUUCAAAAAGAAGCAGGUCUCACCUUCACCCCAUAAAAAAUCGUGUCGCAUUUACACAAGCAUUUGUUUCGUGGAAUGGAAACUGGGCUGUAAAUGACAUUUGAUUAUUUAUUCAUCUCCGCGCACCAAACAACGUGAAAUGGAAACUCUGAAAGGGUUGAAAUAAAUUGACUUUCUUUCACUUUCUCUCCACUUUGGGCAGAGUUUGAGGAAGGAAUUGGAAUGAAGGAGAGAGUCGUUUUGUUGUGUGUCGAGGAGGAGCUGGUUAAUGUAUUAAAUUGGGCCGUUGAGCACAAUGGCUUCAUUGUGAGAUUCCUGUUACACAAACGAAUCCAAGCAGCACUUAAUCAUCAAUCCUGUACCCUUGAUCUAAUAAUUAUUAGCUGAAUGGAAUGAUGGCGGAAAGCGAGAGAUUGUUGCUUCCAUACAUAUUUUGUCAUUGCAGAAUUGCAUAUUUUAUUGAAUUUAUUAUACACGAGCGAUCUAGGUAUUUAGGCCCCAUUCAAAUGCGUUCAGGUCUCUUUGCGAGAUAAUGAAAGUCUGCCGUUUCAAGGCCAGCUUUUGAAGUUGGAAACUUAUUGCACACACACACACGCGCCCUCAUAAAGUUAAGUGGGGAAUAGAGUAAACUUUAUAUUUGCAAGGGCUCCAUACAUACAGCAAACUUUUCCCAUUCUAAAUAUAUCGACUGGUCGGCUAAUUUGUAAAUGAGGAGAGUUAAAUGAGUUAUUAUUGGUUAUUACAUUUCUGAGAAGAUAGGGACAAAGUGGGCCAAGUAAUCAGUUCGCCCUCGAAUUUGUGGUCUGGAAUGGAUUUUGGGAGUAAAUUGCGAUUGGGAGAGAGAAAGCGAGAAAGUUUUCUCCACUCGUGUUUAUUACGAAUCUCUCCAGAGUAGUUUUUCAUCUCGUUCCUUGAAUAAUAAGCCUCCUCCUCCUCCGCUUCCUCCUCCUGGGCUCCUUUGACAAAUUUUCCCUUUGAUCAGCAUGGAGAACAGUUUACCAGAAAAUGCCACCACCAACAACAACACAACUUCGGUAUUAGCUGCUUUAAAUAGCAUGCUAUUUACUAUACUCCGAGAGAGUGAAUCGGAAGAAGCUAGAGGACCGGAAUGCGGAGUUAAGUUUGUGUUCACCUUCCACAAAAUCUCGUUACAUGUACGAAAUCGCCUUAUAGACUCGUCUUUAUCAGCAACGCUUCUCUCCUCAAGUACUCAAUUUUGCCAAUCUUAAUACCCCAGAAACGACGGAUGGGCGAAAUUACGGGGUGUAUUCAUAGUAAUUUCACCCAUCCGUCGCCACUUUCUCCCCUCAACCCCUGUCAUUAACACGCAAAAUGCUAUACCGAAUACGGGUUAAAAGGAGGCGAGAAAGUCGAUCGACAUAAUAAUAAUCUUUCUCCUAGCAGAAAAGAAACUCCCUCAUGCCAAAUUUGUAUCAAUCGAGUUAAACUACUUACAUCUUGCUAAACACACACAUGUAUCGAAGCGACGAAGUAAUGAUUAGCGCUGCGACGACGACGACGACGAGAAGUAAGUGCUCGUUCAUUGAAAAGAAACAACUUUUGUUUAUGUAUCACUCUUAUCUAGAGCAAUUUGUGGUUGGUAGUAAUGAGGGUGUUGUUACAUGUGAUGGGGUUAUUGGGGGCAUGGUGAUUACAUGUUUUAUUAGUGAGUGGUGCUAUAUGAUCAAGAAUUGAAUAGUAAGACAAAUAAAUGCCUCCAAAUUGGUCAUAUAUAAAUAAAUAAAGAAAGUCGUUAAAUAAGUCGUAUACACGUUUCGAGAGUAAAAUGAUCAAGAGGUAAAAGUCAAAAGUUAUAUAUAUGUAUCUGUAUCUAGAGCAUUAUUACAGUAUAACAGACCUGUACUAAAAUGUUUGUGAUUAAAAAUACUAUAUUAAUUAUGGAUCUAUUAUGUCAGUGAAGAUGAUGCCGAAUUCACAUUAUGUAACUUUUUGAUUUUAUCUGCAAUAAAGAUUAAUAAAUAUGGAUAAGUAUUAUUAUAAAAGA